AUGGGCACGAUUGGUUUCCUGGGCGAAUUCAAGUUCCGAGAAUACAAGCGCGCAUUCCGAGAAGUCUACAUGAGUGGUGCGCCAGACACCUACUCGACCCUCUCCGACACCCUAGGCGCAAACCCACCCACACCACCAACAUCACCCGACGACCCUCUAGACCGCCCGUUAAGCUACGCCGACAUACGCGGCAAAGCAAUGGGCAGCAACCGAACCGCACGCAUCCUCCUCCGCAACAGACUUAAAGUCGGCGUCUUCGGGCCCGACGGGCAACGAAUCGGCAGCGACGAGGGCUCCAGCGAUACAUACGCCCUAAACGAAGUCACAUUACACCGGGGCUCCAGCCCGCACCUAAAAAUAAUCGACGUCUACAUCAACAACCGGUUUCUCACCGAAGCCGUAGCCGACGGCAUGAUAAUCAGCUCACCCACGGGAUCAACCGCAUACUCCCUCUCUUCGGGUGGAAGCAUCGUCCACCCCCUCGUCCCCUCCAUCUGUCUCACACCCAUAUGUCCCCGCUCCCUAUCCUUCCGCCCGCUCGUCCUCCCCGCCGAAACGCCAAUCACACUGCGUCUCGGCAAGAAGAACCGCGGCCGCGAAGUCGAGGUCAGCAUCGAUGGAAACACGAUUACGGAAAAGCUGGGUACGGGCAUGGAGGUGAGGAUUGGGGGUGAGGUGGUGAAGAGGGAUGCCAGGGGCUGGGAGGGUGGCGUGCCGAGUAUUGUAAGGGGUACGAGUGGGAAGGAGGAUAUGGCUGAGGACCAUUGGGUUGGGGGGUUGAAUGCGCUGUUGAAGUUUAAUUAUCCGUUUGGGGAUCAAGAGGGUUAA